GUGGAGCGACGCGCGAGAUACUAUUGUAAGGUGAUACCUUACUUUCACCGCGGAUUAUACCGGAAGUAGCCUGCGUGCGCAAUGGCUACUUCGUCAGCGAUUGGCUGCGCUACCGACAGCAGCGCCAGGGCAUGCGUGCGCCCUGCUUCCUGUCGACACGAUGGUGUCUGAUUGGCGGAGCCCCGCGAGUGGGGGCUCUCCUAGAGAGCCUCUAGGAGAGAGAGGCGCCAACUCGUCACGUGACCAGCCCUUCCGCGAUUGGCUGGCAGAACUUGUACAGAGAUUUCUAUUGCGACGCCAAUGCAUAACAGGGCCGCGUUCAGAAAUACCACCCGAGUGCUCCAGUAUAUCAUUCUAUCCUUGUUUAACAUACGGUGAGUAACAAGGAUAGAACGAUACGCUGGGGUACUCGGGUAUUUCUGAACGUAGCCCUAAUGUGAUAGAAACUGAUGAUAUAAAACGUGUGGGGUUAGCGAUCGUUGGUCAUAAUUAAUUAUUUCUAAACAUUGUAAUAUAUUUUUUUAUAUCACAACAUUUUUAACACGAUAGAAGACAACAUUCGCUAUGCCAUCAAGUCGCUCUGCAUAUAAAUGUUGCAACACAAGCAAUGAAGAAUACUCAUUAUUUACAUAUCCACGUGAUAAUACAUUAAAAGAAAAAUGGAUUACUGCGGUUGGAAGAGGCAAGAAUUGGUCACCUAGCAGUUCUCAAAAACUUUGUGAAGUACACUUUAUGCCAUUAGAAAUUGAGUUUGUUGCUGGGCGCAAACGAGUGAAACUGGAUUCAAUUCCUUCUCGUUUCUGUACGUGCCAAUUGUUAUUGAAAGAGCCAGCCAUCAAGAAGCAGCAAGCAAAUUAAGCCAUCAACAACCUUAAAUAUUAAUAAUACGUCCAGUAAAAAGACUUGUUUUAAAAUGAAACGGGGAACAUCGGUCCAACAUCAGCAUGGAUGUGUGUAGACUUCCAAACCAUUAACCAUAGAGGAAAUACAAACUACUGCAAAGUCUCAAGAAAUUGAUACAGAACAAAUGGAUGAAAUGAAAAAAAAAAUACGCAGAGAAAAUGGUAUGUUGAGAACAGUUGUUUCCCUCCUAAGUCUUUUUACUGGACGUAUUAUUAAUAUUUGAGGCUGUUGAUGGCUUAAUUUGCUUGCUGCUUCUUGAUGGCUGCUCUUUCAACAACUGGCACGUACAGAAACGAGAAGGAAUUGAAUCCAGUUUCACUCGUUUGCGCCCAGCAACAAACUCAAUUUCUAAUGGCAUAAAGGGUGCUUUCCAGCAAUGUACACAGGCGACACUGUGUAACACAGUGUACGAAUUGUACGACCCCAGUGCUUUCCAACUACGACACAAGUCGACACAAGUCGACACAAGCGUACACAGCUAAAAUGGGGUGCUUUCCAGCAACGUACACAGGCGACACUGUGUAACACAGUGUACGACCCAGUGCUUUCCAACUACGACACAAGUUGACACAAGCGUACACAGCUAAAAAGCUAAGUUCGACUGUGUCGACUUGUGU